AUGUUUCUAUUCAGGCGCCCCUCCUCUCGAUCCCAGCAAAAGCCCAAGAACUCGAGGAAACGCCCUACCCCUUCUAAAAUGUCCUCCUCUCAGACCGAAUGGGUAUACUACCCCAUCGGCGGCAUUGCCGUGAAAACUACAGACAAUACUCCCCCCACUCCCGAAACCAAAGUCCCCAUCCGCCAAAACAUUGAUGCAUGGAGUGCUGACCCGGCCAACGAUAAACAAGUCAAGCUCUUUGUUAUGGCCCUCGAUCGCUUCCAGAAGAUCGACCCUGCCGACCGUGACUCGUACUUCCAGAUUGCGGGGAUCCACGGACAGCCCAAUGUUCCCUGGGACGAGCCGAUCGAUGCCGCAGAGGCAAAGGGCAAAGGUUACUGCACGCAUAAUAACAUCCUCUUCCCGAUUUGGCAUCGCGCGUACCUGGCUCUAUACGAACAAAGACUGUUUGAGAUUAUGGUGCAGGAGAUUGUGCCAGGGUUUCCGCGGGAGGAGCGCGGUGCUUGGGAGGAGGCUGCCCUCUCUUGGAGACUUCCGUUCUGGGAUUGGGGGGUCACAUCCUCCGUCCCCGAUCUGUCAAAGUAUCCGACGACGGUCGUCCCGACGAGCGAUGGGAAGGGUGAAGAGCGUAUUCCCAAUCCGCUCUACCAGUUCCGCAUGCCCAACAACAAGCCAAUGUCGACCGCGGGUAUGGACAACUUUGUAGACCCAUGGGUCGACGAUGGAGAUAUGCUCUAUUACGGCGAAUGCAUCGGCACAAGCCGCUGGCCCCAAGAAGGCGACAACGCCUCUGGGAGUGCAACCUGGCGACAUGGCGUCGUGAACAAUUACAAGGUGCAAGACUCCUUGAAAAAGCCCGGCUGGGUGGGUGAUGCUCCCUACGGGCAGCCUGCGGAGAUGGUCUAUCGACUGCUUACAGUGCCCAUGGAGUACUCGUCUUUUGCAACGACAGCGCAGCUCUCGGAUGACCAGAACGUCGCGAGUGAUGUCAAUAUCGAGUAUCUCCACAACAAUGUUCAUGGAUGGGUGGGAGGAGACUAUAAUGGACAUAUGUCGCAGAUUCCAGUCGCGACGUUUGAUCCGUUGUUUUGGUUGCAUCAUUGUAACAUCGACCGCAUCUUUGCCCUAUGGCAGGGACUCAACCCAGACAAGUGGUUUGAAGAAGGCCAGGCCAACGACUUCUUCCAAGAAAUCAUUGGUCUCCCCGAAGGGGCCUCGAUUAGCCCUGAGACCCCACUGCGUCCCUUUCACAAAGACACCAAGGGCACCGUCCUUACACCCAACGACGUCCGCUGGCCGUACAGUUUUGGCUAUACGUACCCUGAGUUGCAGACUUGGGCAUACGAGCCAAAGGCAUACACCUCUACUGAGUUUCUCAGCGACCUCCGGAAAUCUAUCAACGAUCUCUACGGCGUCUCCAGAAAAGCGCUCGUCGAUGCCUCUGCCACCAUUCCAGGCGUAGAGUAUCUCGACGACGCAGUGAAGUCCCUUGACUACGCAUUCAGUGUCCGCUACCGCAAAUACGCCUUUGGCGGCGAACCAUUCUGGAUCCGCAUCUACAUCUCCCAGGGCGGAGCCACGCAGAACUCCACUACUGACCUCAUAACAGAGGUCUACAACUUUAGCCAAAAGCCCGAGGAAGCCUCUGGCGCGCUCGCAUGCAGCAACUGCAAAACGAACCAGGACAAGAAUAUCAAAUCGACAGCCAACAUCUCCAUAACCCCGGUGCUGAUCACCCUCCUGAAAGCUGGCAAGUCACUACCGAGUCUCAACAAAGACGACGUUCUCAAGUUCCUUCAGAAGCGAGCCUACUGGCGUGUCUUCAAAGGCGGAAAGGAAGUACCGCGAUACGCGCUUGAACCCCUCGAGCUUGAAAUCAUUGGAAGCACCAACGACGCAACAAACUUCCGCGACCCGACAAAGGCACCGUUGCUCGAAAACUUCCAGGCCGAACCCGCCAUCUCCGGCGGUGCAGACGGCGCCUUGGAUCCAAAUCUGAAGCAACCCAUGACCAUUCCACCAGCGGCAAAACCAGAUAUUCCCAAGGCAACACUGCGCCUCGGAUCCUCGCUCCCCUUCAAGGGCUCCCUUGCCCCAGACAACGUCGUGAUCAUCGACGCACCCUCUCUCAGUCUAACACCAGACAGAGAAACGCACACAAUCGACAACACCCAGUUCUGGUUUUCUGAUGCAGAGGGCGGGGACGGCGAGAUCCUCUUCCUGCUCUCUCUCCGGCGCGCAGAGGGGCAGAUUGUGUUCAACACAUUCCUGAAUAACAGCUGGGGAGAGGAGGUCCGCGUCUCACUUGAUAGUCGUUUCAAGAACGAGAAGCCGACUAUCUUUGUGCACGACCAGGAGGACGGGUACGAGGUGUUUAUUGACUGGAGGCACGUGCUUUGGUUUGAGAAGAGGGCCAAGGAUCGAGUGGCCAAGUCGAUCUCGUAUACGGUCAAUGAGGGACAGGUUGCGGUUCUUGGGAAGGAGCUCAAGGUGAAGGUGUUUGGCUCCAUGAGGACGCUCUUUGAGCAUUAG